GUCAGACACACGUCGCCGCGGUCUCCCAACUGUCCUGAGAAACAUCUGUUCAGAGAAAAGUCGUGAAACUAUGGAGGAGUGACGGGGGGCCCCUGUAGAAUCACCCGGAGAGCUGCGCCCACGGAUUUUAUAUUUAUUCUCCGCCUUCCGUUUUGAAGAAAAGUCGUCGCGGAUCGACCAGACUUCUCCUGCAGAACUUUAGUUGGGGAUGUUGAGCUCAGUGAAGAUGGAAACCCACGAUCUACCUGAGUGGAAUACUUUCUACAGCGAGGCCAGCGAGAUGUAUUCCUCUCCCAGCACUAUGAACUCGAGUUUGGGCUACAUCAACCUGAACCCAGCCACGGCGUCUCCUGCGGGCAUGAACAUGGCCUACUCCACCUCAGGCCUCAGCAGCUCCCCUCUGGCCUCCAUGAGUUCCGGUCCGACCCACAUGCCCCUCUCCCCGGUGACCUCCUCCCUCACCUCCAGUUCCCUGACGCAGUUGGGUCCAGCCGGUCCUGGGUCUCUGAGCUCGCUGUCCCACUACCAGAACAUGGGCCAACCCAUGAGCCAGCUUGGGUAUCCGUCCACUGCCACCCUGAACCGAGCAGGACCGAAGGAGAUGCCGCCCAAGCCCUACCGCCGCUCCCUGACCCACGCCAAGCCGCCCUACUCCUACAUCUCGCUCAUCACCAUGGCGAUCCAGCAGAGCAACAGCAAGAUGCUGACCCUCAACGAGAUCUACCAGUGGAUCAUGGACCUGUUCCCGUACUACCGCGAGAACCAGCAGCGCUGGCAGAACUCCAUCCGGCACUCGCUGUCCUUCAACGACUGCUUCGUGAAGGUGGCCCGCUCACCUGACAAACCGGGCAAGGGUUCCUACUGGACUCUGCACCCGCAGUCGGGCAACAUGUUCGAGAACGGCUGCUACCUGCGGCGCCAGAAGCGCUUCAAGAUUGAGGACAAGAUGGCCAAGAAGGCGGCAAAGGAGGCCGCCGCCAAGGGGGGCCACAGCGCAGACCACAUGGAGGACCGCAGUCCGGGCGGCGGCUCGGAGGGCGCCGACUCGGCCCACUCUGACAACUCCCACCCCGGGUCCUCCGACGACCAGCCGCUCUCCCGGAACUCGCUGGUGUCGCUGGACUGCCCGCCACUGUCGUCCUCGCACCUCCACAGCCCGCCGGUGUCCCUGCCCUCCUCUUCCUCCACCCCAUCCCUCCCUCCAUCCUCCAUGUCCCUCUCCUCCACAUCCUCCCCCAUCAACCCGCUGCUCCACUCCCAGUCUUUAGGGGGCAGCACCCACCUCCUCCCCAGCUCCAUGCAGCACCUCGACCUCCAGAGCGACCUUAAGUCCCUGGACCCCCACUACAACUUCAACCACCCCUUCUCCAUCACCAACCUCAUGUCGAACGAGCAGAAGAUGGACCUCAAGUCCUACCAGGACCAGGUGAUGGCCUACAACGGCUACACCGGCGGCUCUCCGGUGGCGGCCAAGCAGAUCUACGACAGUCCGGGUCCGGCCAGCAUGGACUCUGGGGCCUACUACCAAACUCUGUACAGCCGCUCGGUGCUCAACGCCUCCUAGUGGGCCGAGGUGCUGACGGACCCCCUUCGUCUUCUGAAGCUUCAGCCGCCACCUUUGCUGGACUUGUGACUUUAAGAGGACUGAGGCGGGACGGCGGUGAGACCCGUCUGACCGCGAGUGGACGCAGAAGUCAGGAUCUGUGUCCGCACCACCGCUGAUGUACAAAGUGUAAAAUAGCGGCUGCGGAGGGGCCGCGCGGGGGGAGGGGGGUAUUUGCAUCUAUUUAUGAAAGGAAUAAAUUUUAAUAUAUCUUCUGUUUAUCAGUUACGACCCGAACACGAGGUUCUUUUGUGAAACGGAAGAGAAGGAGUUUCCGGUUACUGCAGUCGUGUUACAGCGUUUCUCAGCCUGCGUUUGUUGUUUUUGGUCGAUAUGAAGAAAAAGCCAUUUUGUCCUCGCAGCUAUGGAAGGAAACUGUGGUAGAAGCGCGUCGGAGGAAGCUGCUGUUACCUUCGACCUGAAGUGACCAACGCUUUGGGAGAAAAUGGCGGGUUACUGAGACAGUGGAGGGAGGAGAGACGGGAGGAUUUACAUACAGACCUUUGCACUCUGGAGCUCCUGGUGGGCUGAUAGUGUGUGUGAGUGAGUGAGUGAGUGUGUGCGAGCGAGUGUGUGCGAGUUACAACAAUGCUGAAGACCCCCUCCCUCUCUCCUGUCACGCUGUAUCACACCUCCAUCACUGUCAAAAUAAAGGCCCCCUCUUCAGCCUGAUCGCAGAUCAAUCGCCGAGUGAAGGAGCAGGUCACAUGACCCCCUGCGUAUUUUUCUAGCUUUCGGAAAGGAAAAAAAAAGUCUUAUUUAAGCUACGUGGCUUCGUUCCCGAGUGUGUCGAUAUAAUAUAUUCUUUUGUUGUUCUGCUGGUUUUAACUGUGAUUCGUUCCUUUUCCUCUUUCUUAUUAAAAAAGGCAAAAAUGGGGA